GAGAAAACACAAGGAAGAAUUCAUAUCCACUCCAUCAACUAUAUCUAUCUAUCUAUCUAUCUAUCAAUACACUACAAAAAACCACAACUAGUUUCUCUCUCUCUCUCUCUUGGCUGACAUGGAGACCGAGCUCGAAUUCGAGUUUCUCCCAUAUAUCAGAGCCUACAAAAACGGCCGUGUCGAGAGGCUGAAGGGAACAGAUGUCGUUCCGGCAGGCACUGAUCCAGACACCGGCGUUUUAUCAAAAGAUGUCACAAACAUUAUCCCAGAAACAGAAGUCUAUGCAAGAAUCUAUCUCCCAAAACUCAGCAGCACCAAUGAGAAACUCCCUCUUCUAGUGUACUACCACGGUGGUGCAUUUCUUGUGCACACCCCGUCCAGUCCACUCUACCACAAUUUCCUAAACGCCCUUGUGCACGAAUCCCGAGUCAUCACAGUCUCCGUGCACUACAGAAGGGCUCCCGAGCAUCAUCUCCCGGUCGCAUACGAAGAUUCAUGGGCCACACUACACUGGGUGGCUUCCCACUGCAAUGGUGAUGGCCCCGAGCCCAUGCUGAACCACCAUGCCGACUUCCAGAGCGUCUUUCUGGCCGGUGACAGCGCCGGAGGGAACAUAGUUCAUAACCUGGCUAUGGCUGCAGGUCAAAAUGGAGGGCUUAAUGUGGGAAUCCGGGGGGCUGUGCUGAUUGACCCGUAUUUUUGGGGUUCGGAUCCUAUCGGUUCGGAGGGGUUGGACAUGGAAAAGAAGGCAUACGUGGACCGGCUGUGGAAUGUGGUUUGCCCAUCAUGCCCGCUAGACGACCCAUGGAUCAACCCGAUGGCAACGGGAGGGAUGAGCUUGGCUGGGCUUGGAUGCUGGAGGGUGCUGGUUACUGUGGCUGAGAAGGAUCUUUUGAAGGAUAGAGGGUGGCUUUACUUUCAAGCGUUGGCUCAGAGCGGGUGGUUGGGUGCAGUCGAGAUCCACGAAACACAAGGCGAGGAUCAUUGCUUUCAUCUGGAUGAGUUGGAAGGUGAAAAGGCCAAACAAAGAUUGAAAAAAAUUGCUGAGUUCUUCAAGAUGGACUUGCCUCCUAUGGCUUUUCAAUGAUAAAAAAUAGCAGUGAAAUUGUACUUUGAUUUUUGAGUUAUGAGCUUUGAAUUCAAUAAAUUGCAGAAACAAAUACCAGAAA